CUUUUUUUAUCAAGGAGCAGGGUAAAGCAAAAGGAUUGUUAGCGGUGACGUUUUUAAUUUACCACCGUUAAUUAUACAUGUAACAAACCUGUAGUAUCCUACAUUAUGUUCCUACCUGUGAAAGAAGUGUUUUAUUUUAGUUUGCAACUCAACGAAUAGCUGGUAAGACUUUUAUUUUGACUGUUGAAUUCCUUCACUGUGAAAGUUACUCACUGAGUGCCAGUGUGCUAAGAUGCCUGCGGAGUUAAAACAGAGGAAGAAGUCUCAGAAACAAAGCGACCCAGUUCCAGAGACUUCGGCUACUAAUGGGAAAGAUGAAACGCAGAAAGUGAAGACUGAAGCUGGAAACAACGCAGGAGCGAACAAAACCUCCUCCAGUUUGGAUGUUAGGAGUUUAAUGUGCUUGUUGUCGCUGGCAGCGUGCGGGGCUCUCAGCUGGAUGGUACUGCAACAGAAUGACAGGUUUUCUGCUAUUGAAGAAAAGUACAAAUCUUUGCAAGGAAAGACUUCGAGUCUGUUCGACAUGGAGGAGGAAGUCCUAAAGGUUUCUGAAAAGUGUGAGAGCGUCCAGCUGAUGCUGCAGGGUCUUGAGGGUCAGAGGGGGGCUCUGGGGCCCCAGCUGGAGGGUCUGCAGCAGGACGUGAGCCGGCUGCAGGAGUGGUCCUCGGGGCUGAACGAGAAACGGGCUCAGCUCCAGGGCAGCCUGUCGUCGCUGAAAGACGCUGUGGGACAGAUCGAGGAGCGCACCUCCGCCAUCGCCAAGGACUUUGUCAACAAGGUGGCGUCGGUGAGGACGGACGUGCGCAGGAUGGAGGGCCUGCGCUCGGAGCUGGAGUCUCUGCUGACUCAGGUGACGAAGCUGGAAGACAAAACCUCUCAGGUGGAGCACAGCAUGGUCAUACGCAUCGGGGAGGUGCUGGCCAACAGCAUCGACCGGGUCCAAAAUCUCCGUGACGCGUCCGAACGCAACACUAAGGCCAUCGAGCAGCUCCGCAAGCAAGUCCCUGAACUCACCGCAGCUGAUACACGGAUCUCUGAGCGCCUCAGGGAGCUGGAGAGCGGCAGAGCUCGGCUGAUAAGAACAGUGACCUUUGCCAGUGACCUCAAACCAAAAGUAGCUUCUAUCAAGAGAGACUUGGGGGCGUUUGAGCCUCAGAUGUCAGACCUGACUCUGCGGAUAGGAAGGCUGGCGGAGGAUCUGAUGAAGAGAGAGCAGGAGGUCGCUGAGCUGAGACAGACUCUGGCUAACCUCACUGCUGUAGAGGGAGAUUUAAGUGUUACUGCUAAACAGGUCAGUGAAAUAGCUGAUAUCUCUGAUAUAGGAGCGAUGCACCGGCCAACAUGAGCCAUACUUCAACAUCAUCAAGAUCAAAGAUUUCUCCUUUUGGUUUGUCUUCUGCAAUUACAUCUGGUCAACUGUAGGCCUACUACUGUUUGAGCAUUUACUCAAAUUCACAUUUUUAUUCUAACUUAAAUAAAAAGGAAACCUUGUCUACGAAAUUGUGAUCUAAUUUAAAAAAGAUGAGAUUGUUGUAUGUGCAGCACAUUUCUAAAAAGUGCUUACAUGAAAUAAGCCCAAACCAGCAAUAAUAUUCAAAACUAUUUAAAUAAAAGGUAUUAUAGGAAAUGAAUGCCUGAAAACAUUAACAAAUAAAGAUACAAUUGAGAGGAUGAGAAAAAAGUGUCAAGCAUGUGUCGGUAAAUCAUUUAAAAUAUAGCAGUAAAGGUUAACAUAGGUCACUCAAUAAAACAAAGACCAUCAAAACAAACAUUAACAUUUAAAAGAUGAUACUGAUUUACAUAAUUUACUCAGGAAGAUUGUUUCAAAGUAUUCUUUCCCUAAUAGAUAAAGUGCAGCCAUGUUUUUUGUUUAGCCUGACCCAAAGAACAGAGCUAACAAUAACCCAUUAGACAUUGAAUGACAACAGCAGCAUUGUGUCUCUCAGUAUUUCUUGAGUUGUAUAAUGUGUUUGUUUUCUUUGUUGGUUCCCUCCAGCCAUAUGUGGUUUAACGGUUGAGGUUAACUGGUUUGUUUUGUUUUCUCACAUUUUACACUGAUUACAUUUGAUUUUCUUUGGUUCAAUGGGUGUUCCUCUAGCGGUGUGUUUUUAGGAGACAAAUGUUUUGUUGAAAAUGUAAGUAUUUUGCCAUACAGUAAAUAAGGUAAUUUCUGUGUCUUGCAGGAAUAUUUUGGUAAAUACACUACACUCCAAUCUCAUGUUUUACAGUAAAUAUGAAGCUACAGCUGGCAGAGUACGAAAUCAACAGGAAAACGGCUCCUGCUAAUACUGGGUUAUAGGCAGGGGAGCACAUAACUUUUUUGCCCUGGUUCUCAAAGGAGCACCUGGAGAUGUUGCUUGGUGCUCAUCCUUAAAAUGAAAUAAACCGUAACUUUUGA